AUGGAGGGGAACGUAGAAGCAAGUAUCCAGUGUUUAUUCUCGUAUUUUAAAGAGCUCCAUUACUCAAACGCAUCAUGUCUGUAUACCAGUGAACAUGAAGCGAGACUUGCUCUGGCUAGUGAAAAUGGAAAAACAUAUGCUAAUCAACAGCUUGAUAUAAACCUGUGUUCCGAAUCUAAGCCAAAGCGAACAUUUCCAUCUCCCAGUACGACCCCAGUUCCUCACAGUCAUAACACAAGCAACACUUAUGUGAAACCUCCUCCAAUGCAGAUGAGUCGCAUAAACCGGGAUUUAAAUAAAUUACCCCAAGUACCUCAGCCACAAAGAAUGGGUGGCCCCCCACCCAAAAAGUUGUGCCAGGACUUUCAAGAAUUUGCAACUCCUGUUUCUACAGGAAUCAGAAGAACAUUGGUUACACUCUCUGAUAAUUCUUCUCUCACCAAUAAUACUACCCAACAGCCACGCAGAGUUCCUCCUCCUACUACUACUUCUUCUGCUGUUGCUGCCUCGGCUGCCAGUGCUGCUGCUGCUGCCGCCGCUGCUGCUGCCAAACCAUGUCCACCAUCUCAAAGAGCUGCUAUCAGAUCAGCCACUGGUUCACCACUGAGUAACCAAGACAUUUUAAUAUGUGGCGUUUGCAAGCUAGAAUUCACUAAUCUGCAUACUCUUGCACAGCAUAAGAAAUUGCCGUGUAAAUUACGAUUCAGUUGCCAGUGUCAGAAAAAUCCUCAACCUGAACCAGAACAAGAAGCCUUGAUGCUUAACUGUGCAACAUGCAAUAUGACUUUCUUCUCAGCUUGGAGUUUAGUGCAGCACUGCCAAUCUGAACAUAGCCUGGCUAUAUUCAAAGAUGGCCGACAAAUUUUAGAUGAUUCUAAUGGCACAACUAACCCAAGGAAUAACACAGCAAUUGGAACUGAUGGUGUAUUUUACAUAAGACUGGUCUUUGCAGUAUCAUCACUUGAGGCAUAUUUCUUCAUGAAAAACCCUUUUUUAUGCAUAUUCAUCAUUUAG